AUGGCAGCACCUCAAGUAAUUGUGGUCGGUGGUGGCCUCUCCGGCCUCAGCGCCGCCCACACCGUUUAUCUCAACGGUGGCAAUGUCGUCGUUUUGGAUAAGCAGGCCUUCUUCGGUGGUAACUCUACCAAGGCCACAUCCGGUAUCAACGGUGCCCUCACCCGCACCCAGACCGAUCUGGGCAUCCAGGACAGUGUCAAGCAGUUCUACGAGGAUACCCUCAAGUCCGCUCGUGACAAGGCCCGUCCCGACCUUAUCAAGGUCCUGACCUAUAAGUCCGCCUCGGCCGUCGAGUGGCUGCAGGAUGUCUUCAACCUCGACCUCACCCUCGUCUCUCGUCUUGGAGGCCACACUCACCCCCGAACACACCGUGGCCACGAUGCCAAGUUCCCCGGUAUGGCCAUCACCUACGCCCUGAUGCAGCGAUUGGAAGAACUCGCCGAGAAGGAGCCCGGUCGUGUCCAGAUCAUCAAGAAGGCCAACGUCACUGCUGUCAACAAGUCCGGUAACAAUGUUACUGGUGUCACCUACUCAGUCAACGGCGAGCAGAAGUCCAUCGAUGGCGUUGUUGUCCUCGCUACCGGUGGUUACGCCGCUGACUUCACCGAGACCUCUCUCCUCAAGCAACACCGUCCUGACACCUACAACCUGUCCUCCACCAACGGCACCCACGCUACUGGUGAUGGUCAGAAGAUGCUGAUGGCCAUCGGUGCCAACGGCAUCGACAUGGACAAGGUUCAGGUCCACCCCACUGGUCUCGUCGACCCCAAGGAUCCUCAGGCCAAGUUCAAGUUCCUGGCUGCCGAGGCUCUCCGUGGUGAGGGUGGUCUUCUCCUCAACUCGGACGGUCAGCGCUUCUCCGAUGAGCUCGGUCACCGUGAUUACGUGUCCGGCAAGAUGUGGGAGGAGAAGGAGAAGGGCAAGUGGCCCAUCCGCCUCGUCCUCAACAGCAAGGCCUCCAAUGUUCUGGACUUCCACACUCGCCACUACUCCGGCCGUGGUCUGAUGAAGAAGAUGACCGGUGCCGAGCUCGUGGCCGAGAUUGGCUGCGGCGAGGCUGCCCUCAAGAAGACCUUCGACGAGUACAACCUCAUCGCCGAUGGCAAGAAGAAGGACCCCUGGAACAAGCGCUUCUUCCACAACAUGCCCUUCAAGCUCGACGAUGAGUUCCACGUUUCUCUCAUGGAGCCCGUCCUCCACUUCACCAUGGGUGGUAUCGAGAUCAACGAGCACGCCCAGGUUCUCAACAGCGAACAGAAGCCCUUCGAAGGCCUCUAUGCCUGCGGUGAGUUGGCUGGUGGUGUCCACGGCGCCAACCGUCUCGGUGGUUCCUCCCUGCUCGGCUGUGUCGUCUACGGCCGCGUUGCUGGCGAUUCCGCCUCCCAGCACCUCUUCCAGAAGGUGAUCAACAACGGCUCCGCUGCUUCCCAGCGUCUUGGCCAGAUCUCUCUCCACAUCGACCCCUCCACCCCCGGCAAGAUCUCUGUCGAGUGGAGCGGUGCCGCCGCCGGCGGAAGCCUGCCCGCCCUCGCCGCCCCGGCCGCUGCCCCCGCCGCUGAGGAGACCGCCGCCAAGCCUGAUCCCGCCGCCUUCAAGAUCCCCGAGACCGAGUACACCAUGGAGGAAAUCGCCAAGCACAACACCAAGGAGGAUCUCUGGAUCGUCGUCAAGGGCGUUGUUCUGGAUGUCACAAACUGGACCGAGGAGCACCCCGGCGGCGCCAACGCUCUGUUCAACUUCAUGGGCCGUGACGCAACCGAGGAGUUCGCUAUGCUCCACGACGACGAGGUCAUCCCCAAGUAUGCUGGCCACAUCGUGAUUGGCCGUGUCAAGGGCCAGACCCCCAGCCUGGAGCUGUAA